CAACCAUGGAGGUCAAAAGUGCAAACCAACCAGAGGCAAGCACUGAUUCCAAUUAUGACAGAAAAGCAGAAAUAAAAGCCUUUGAUGAGUCAAAAACUGGUGUUAAGGGUCUUGUAGAUUCUGGGGUGAAAAGGAUCCCACGCAUGUUUCAUUCUGGCAUUUCCAUAACUGAAAACUCAGCCAGUGACUCUAAGUUCAGUGUUCCCGUCGUAGACCUCAAAGACAUAUAUAACAAUUAUGUUAGGCAUGAAGAAGUUGUCAACACAAUCAGAAGUGCAUGCCACAACUGGGGAUUUUUCCAAGUGAUCAAUCAUGGAAUUUCAAUCAGUGUUAUGGAUGAGAUGAUUGAUGGAAUCCGUAGGUUUCAUGAACAAGAUGCUGAUGUAAGGAAACAAUUUUACACAAGGGAUUUGAAAAAUAGAGUUCUGUAUCAUUCCAACACUAGCCUUUACCGAGACAAAUUUGCUAACUGGAGAGAUACAGUUGGGUGCCCUAUGGCUCUUGAUCCACCCAAAGCAGAGGAAUUGCCUGCAGUAUUCCGAGACAUUAUUGUUGAAUAUUCGGAGAAAAUAAUGGGUCUGGGUUGUACAAUUUUUGAGUUAAUGUCAGAGGCUCUUGGCCUUAUUCCAUCUUGCCUCAAAGAAUUGAGCUGCGCUGAAGGGCUUUUCAUUCAGGGUCAUUACUAUCCACCAUGCCCUGAACCCAAAUUAACUAUGGGCACAUCGAAGCACACUGAUGCCAGCAUCAUGACAAUACUUCUACAAGACCAAUUGGGUGGUCUUCAGGUUCUUCAUCAGAAUCAAUGGUAUAAUGUUCCUCCUGUGCACGGAGCUCUUGUAGUAAAUGUUGGAGAUCUUCUACAACUUAUGACAAAUGACAUUUUUGUGAGUGUUUAUCACCGGGUCUUAACAAGUCAUAAAGGGCCAAGAGUUUCAGUAGCUAGCUUCUUUAAUGGUCAAGCUAAAGAAGGUUUAUCAAAGGUUUAUGGUCCAAUAAAAGAAUUGUUAUCAGAUGAAAACCCACCACUGUAUAGGGACACUACCGGAGCAGAUUUUAUGGCACACCAUUUGGCUAAGGGGCUUGAUGGGAACUCUGCCUUGCAGCCUUUCAGGUUGUGAAAUGAACAACUUUCGAAUUAAAAUGGAACUUGAAAAAAUUGAUGCACUCUUGAUUCUCAUGAAG